UUCCUAACGUCGGGGUGAAUGAGAAACGUUGUGCUCUGCAGGGAUGAAGAUGAUGGAAUGUAGCGUAUGGAUGACAGCGGUCCUUCUGUCGUUACACCUUUCAGAUCAUGUACUUGGGGAACAACUUCCCAACUGCAAAGACAGACCACUGUACAUCCAGCGUGUGUCUCUCCACAGCAGAGUGUCCAUCUCCUGCCCCAACACGACAGGGGAGGAUCUGAGCUUCCACCUGUCGUUGAACCAGUCCCUCGUUCACACCACAGUGCUCAAGAGGAACCAGAUCCACACCAGAACCAACCGAACCGACACCUGGGCCCAGUUCUAUCUAGUUGACCAAAAUCGGAACCAGAACUUGAUCAACCGCUAUGUGUUCACGGUCAACAGCACAGGCCUGUACACCUGCAUAGCGGAAAGGAUGAGGUCUCCUCUGCCUUAUCAAGAGGACUCUGUUCAGACUCUACUGAUUGAAGAGAAGCAGUGCUUGACACACCGAGAUCCACUGGCGAAUCAAGAUCAAGAUCCUCUGGCCAACCAGAAUUGUGCAGAGGUUUCUAAACCCCUCCCCCUGUGUCCAUUAUUGGUGGGAUGUGGGUUUCUUCUCUACAGCAUCAUCAUCACGAUCGUCGCCAUCAUCCUCUGGAGGAAGCUGAAGAAGGAAGUGUCUGUUCAGAGUGACUACUUGAACAUGAAGCCUGGAGAGAAGACGAGGCCUAAGAGAGUCCAGCAUCCAGUCACCAGGAGAUUCUGAUUCUGGUCAUUCCUAUGGUUGUGUACCAAAUGGCACCCUAUUCUAUAUGGCUCUAUGGCUGUGUACCUAAUGGCACCCUAUUCUCUAUGGUCCUAUGGCACCCUAUUCUCUAUGGCUCUAUGGCACCCUAUUCUCUAUGGUCCUAUGGUACCCUAUUCUCUAUGGCACCCUAUUCUCUAUGGUCCUAUGGUACCCUAUUCUCUAUGGCACCCUAUUCUCUAUGGUCCUAUGGCACCCUAUUCUCUAUGGUCCUAUGUCUGUGUACCUAAUGGCACCCUAUUCUCUAUGGCUCUAUGGCACCCUAUUCUCUAUGGUCCUAUGCCUGUGUACCUAAUGGCACCCUAUUCUCUAUGGUCCUAUGGCUGUGUACCUAAUGGCACCCUAUUCUCUAUGUCUUUAUGGCUGUGUACCUAAUGGCACCCUAUUCUCUAUGGUCCUAUGGCUGUGUACCUAAUGGCACCCUAUUCUCUAUGGUCCUAUGGCUGUGUACCUAAUGGCACGCUAUUCUCUAUGGCUCUAAUCCCCCCAAUGCACCAACAACCAAGAGAAUGAACCCCCACCCACAAGACCCCCCAAUGCACCAACAACCAAGAGAAUGAACCCCCACCCACAAGAACCCCCCCAAUGCACCAACAACCAAGAGAAUGAACCCCCAAGAACCCCCCAAAGCACCAACAACCAAGAGACUGAACCCCUACCCCCAAGAACCUCCCAAAGCACCAACAACCAAGAGAAUGAACCCUACCCCCAAGAACCCACCAAAGCACCAACAACCAAGAGAAUGAACCCCCAAGAACCCCCAACGCACCAACAACCAAGAGAAUGAACCCCUACCCCAAGAAGCCCCCAGUGCACCAACAACCAAGAGAAUGAACCCCGAUCCCGAGAACCCCCCAAUGCACCAGCAACCAAGAUAAUGAACCCCCACCCCCAAGAACCCCCCCAAUGCACCAACAACCAAGAGAAUGAACCCCACCCCAAGAAACCCCCAAUGCACCAACAACCAAAAGAAUUAACCCCUACCCCCAAGAACCCCCCCCCAAAGCACCAGCAACCAAGAGAAUGAACCCCUAUCCCCAAGAACCCCCAAAGCACCAACAACCAAGAGAAUGAACCCCCACCCCCAAGGACCCCCAAAGCACCAACAACCAAGAGAAUGAACCCCUACGCCCAAGAACCCCCAAAGCACCAACAACCAAGAGAAGGAACCCUUCAAUGCACCAACAACCAAGAGAAUG